UUAUUUUAAGAAAUUUUUAAAUUGUUAAAGGGAAAGUUUUAAAUCGAGGAAGGCCCUGAAAGAUACUUUCAAUUGAAGUCCCUUUGAAGUCGAAUAGAAAUUUUAGUAUCCCACACCGUGCGUCCGAGUAAAGUUGGAAAAUGUCACGACUUUUGCUGCAGAGCCGCAGGACAUUGUUGGUCCUUCAUCACCAAACAACCGUGGAGAACGAAGUCGGACUAUUUAGUAAGCUCCUCAACAAGUGCACAUUUCUUGUAAAAAAGGAAAAGUCCGAGGUGGCCGAGGAGGAAGAACAGAAGCGUUCUUAGAAAACCAUAGAACCCGAUAAAGACUGCGUAAUGGAUGAAAAUCACCAUAUUGUUGCCGGGGACCUAACAUGAAUGGGGUCCAUUUUACGGACAGAUCAUAAAACUGAACGCGUACAGACAUUAUAAAGCCAUAAAGCAGCAACUAAAAUCCGGCAAAAAUAGCUAUAGAAGAGCGAGUGAUAAAACAAAAUUUCCAUUGCCAGUUUACGAUGAAUAAACCCUCCAGUCGCGACGUGGAACGUGUAUCACCACAGGCAUGAGGAAAGGCCAUAUUGACCAGGGAGAUGUAUCAAAAUUUUAAGCAAAAAUAUCGAAGGAAUGCAGAAAACUGUUCUGGAAAAAUAACAAGCAUUACUAUUA